AUGAAUAGGCUACGUACACAGACAAUAGUCUGGGGACACGGCGUUAUUGCACUGGCUUGCACAAUGUUGCCGGACGCGUCUAAUCCCGCAAAUCCCCGGAGUAGCGUGGCGACAAAGCGCAUAUUAAAUUCCAUAGACGGCGCGGCUAAUUGUUUCGCCGGGUGUACGCAAAUUAGCCCCCCUCCCCCCACGCGACAGCCGCGGCGGGCCCUGUCCGGUGUCCGGUCCGCUCACCACCGGGCGACCACUCAACAGCCAUUAACGAAUUCCAAGGCAAGAGUUCGCGUACAAAUAUGCGGGCGGGCGCGCUACGCCGGGAAUUUGGUCGGAUACAGCUCCGUGCUGCACUCGCUCACCUCGCCGGAUAAGGCUAUUUCUGAGCAGAAGCCAGGUAUUCCGAAAUCACAAUGCCGGCGCGGUUUACCGUUAAUUUGUGCGUUCGCGCCAAGCAGACCGUACGCGGCCCUGAGGCGCUAUUACUACGAAGCGUAUUGCUUAAAUGACAUCUCGCAAAGACAGGGGAGGGCGGGCAACACGUCUCCCUCACUAAAUCGUCUAAAAAGCUGGAUAAAUAACUAUGAAUUCGAAAAGAUUCGGAGU